AUGAAUACCCGCCAGGUUAUCGACGAGUCUCUCGGGCCCUACUCACUGUCGGCCGCCUUCAACAAUGAUAGCAGUUGCUUCUCGGUGGGCCUGAACACGGGCUUCUGCGUGUUUAAUUCCAAUCCAUGUGAGCUCAAGGUCUCCAGAGACUUCAAUGCGGGCAUUGGUGUAGUCGAAAUGCUCGGCCAGUCCAACUAUCUGGCUAUCGUUGGCGGAGGACGGAAUCCCAAGUUUCCUCAGAACAAACUCGUCAUCUGGGACGAUGCAAAGCAGAAAACCGCCAUUACGCUCGAGUUCCGCACCUCCGUCCUUGGUGUUCGCCUUUCCAAAUUCCGAAUCGUCGUCGCCCUAUUAAACAGCAUCCAUGUGUUCGCCUUCUCGACCCCUCCAAAGAAGCUGUCGGUCUUCGAGACCUCGGAUAACCCGUUGGGCUUGGCUUGUUUAGGACAGAAGCUCCUUGCAUUCCCGGGUCGAUCCCCGGGACAAGUGCAGGUGAUCGAGCUGGAGACGGGGAACAUAAGCAUCAUACCUGCUCAUAGUUCGCCGUUACGAGCCAUGGCCUUGAGCCCCGAUGGAGAGGUGCUGGCAACCGCCAGUGAAGCCGGUACUCUGAUCAGAAUAUUUGCUUCGGCAAACUGUACGAAACUGGCGGAACUGCGCCGGGGCGUAGACCACGCGGUAAUAUUUUCUCUCUCGUUUUCUCCGUCAAAUUCCCUGCUAGCAGUAACAUCCGAUAAAUCCACUCUGCAUAUCUUCGAUAUACCCCAUCCCCACCACAUGGUUCGCCGCAGCCAGUCUCCAGCUUCAGUGACGGAGGAAGGGACCAACAAAAAAUGGGGCAUCCUGGGAAAACUCCCUCUUCUUCCACGAGUGUUUUCGGAUGUGUAUUCGGUUGCCAACGCGCAUUUUGAGAUUGGCGAGGAAGUGAACGCUGGAUCAACGCAGCCUAGUUCAUCGCUUGGUCGGCCGCCCAAAGGUGUCAUCGGCUGGAUUGACGAGCAGACAUUGCUGGUGAUCGGAUCCGGCAGAGAUGGGCGAUGGGAGAAGUUUGUUCUUCGGGACAGCGAUGAUGGAAAGCGGUAUUGCAUGCGGGAGGGUUGGAAACGAUAUCUCGGGGGCUGAAUAGAAGACAUGCAAUGCCUGGA